AUGGAAUUAUGCGGCAUUCCCCCACCGACCAUGGACUGGUCUAGUUCGAAUUUGCCCGAAGCCUGGAAAAAGUUUGAACAACAUGUGAAGCUGAUUUUCGCAGGCCCAUUGAAAGAAAAGAAUGAAGAAGAACAAGUCUCAUACCUUUUAUUGUGGAUUGGCGAGAAAGGUCGUGAUAUUUACAACACUUUCCCAGCAUUUUCGAACGACGACAUGAAGAAACUACAACCACACUAUGAUAGAUUCCUCAGGUACGUUCAACCCAAGUUAAACCCAAUCUUCGCCAGAUACAAGUUUAACAAUGAAGUACAGGGAACAAACACGUUUGAUCAGUUUGUGACUAAACUAAAACUAUUAGCAAGGGACUGCAACUUUAGUGACGCAGAGGAAAUGAUAAGAGAUAGAAUCGUGUUUGGGAUACAAUCAGAAAAAAUUCGGGAAAAACUUAUUAACGUUGGCGAGGCACUCACCCUAGAUAAGGCUGUACAGAUAGCUCAGGCAUACGAGUACUCUCAGGAACAGCUCAAACUCAUGGGACAGCAAUCGGUACACAUACAAGCAUUGUCCAAGUCUACACCCCAUACACACUCACCUGCAGAGAGGAGCGGUAGGAGACCACCCCACCAGACGAAGACGCGAUCCACUCAGCCAAAGACUCCGACAAAGUUUCCGUCUACCCCGAAGACGAAGCCAUGCGGAAAGUGCGGAAAGCGACAUGGAACUCAGGAUACUUGUCCGGCACAAGGCCAGAGGUGCAACAAUUGCCACAAGUGGAACCACUUCGCCAGUGUGUGUCGUUCGCGAUCCGUAAAUGACAUUAACCAUGUGAACUCGAGUGACUGUCUGCAGAAGCCCAGUGAAAUGAACAAUGUUAAUCGUGAAAGUGACAAUACUUAUACACAGAGAUCUGUUGACAUUAAUCAUGAUACAUGUAAUGUGAUUGGCAAUUUUGUUCAUGAGUCAGAUUCAGAUUUUAACAUUGACAAUGUUGAUAGCAAUGUUGAGCAUGAUCAAGCAUUUAUUAACAUUAAGCUAGGCCCAAACCACAAAGAGGUUAGGUUCAAAGUAGAUACAGGGUCUCAAGUCAAUAUUCUGCCCGAAUCUUUGUACAUUGAUUUAGCCCCCUAUCACACAUUAGGCAAAUCUAAGAUUAAGCUUUUUGCUUAUAAUGACCACUCUGUACACCCCAUAGGCUAUUCUGUUAUUCAAAGCAACCUUAAGGGUAAGGACUAUAGCAUUGAGUAUCAGGUCGUACAGACACAUUCGCAUCCAAUUAUAGGUUUACGAGCAUGCUUAGAUUUAGGCAUAGUUCACCUCACUUACUCUAUUGAUAAGGUUAUGCCCUUCAGUAAGAGUCAUGUGCUUAGUCAGUACUCAGAUGUAUUUCAUGGCAUUGGUCUGUUUGCAGGAGAAUGUACUUUUCAGGUUGAUCCCAAUGUUAGACCGGUUGUCAACCCCCCGCGCAAGGUGCCUGUAGCCCUACGCGACAAGCUAAAAGUAGAGUUAGACAGAAUGGAGUCGGCGCAAAUCAUCACCAAGGUAACAGAACCAACAGAAUGGGUGAACUCAUUAGUCGUUACUACAAAGCCAGCAUCAGGAAAGCUAAGAGUAUGUUUGGAUCCCUUGGAACUCAACAAAGCCAUUAUGAGACCACAUUACCCUAUGAGGACCUUGGAUGAUAUCCUUCCUCAAGUCUCAGGUGCCAAGUACUUUUCCAAGUUAGAUGCCAGCUCUGGUUACUGGACUGUUCGACUUUCACGUGAAUCAUCACUGCUCACUACAUUCAAUACUCCAUUCGGGAGAUAUCGCUACCUGCGUUUACCAUUUGGCUUGAAGAAUUCACAAGACAUCUUCCAGCAGAAGAUAGACCAGUGCUUCGAAGGAAUGUCCGGAGUUGCUGCCAUUGUUGAUGACAUAUUGGUUUACGGCAGGACCCCGCAGGAGCACAAUGACAACCUCAUCAAGGUGUUAGAUAAAUGCAGGAGUGUGGGCAUCAAGAUGAACAAGGAGAAGUUACAAGUGGGAGUUCAGGAAGUUGAAUAUUUUGGCCACAUCCUCUCAGCAGAUGGAUUGAAGCCAGAUCCCUCUAAGGUAGCUGCUAUCAAGGAUAUGGAGCCUCCUUCCAAUAAGUCAGAGCUUCAGACUAUCAUGGGUAUGAUCACUUACCUCUCAAAGUUUGCACCAAAUCUUGCUAACAUCACCAGCCCGUUACGUCAGCUGCUGCUGAAAGACUCGGAAUUUAUAUGGGAUACACCACAGGCCCAGGCAUUCCAGAAGGUCAAGGACCUUAUAACCAGAACACCUGGACCUCUGCUUACAUACUUUGACCCAGGAAAAGCAGUAGUCUUGGAGACUGACGCAUCUCAGUUUGGGCUCGGAGCAACACUUUUGCAGGAUGGCAAACCAGUUGCAUUUGCUUCAAAGUCACUAACCCAAGCGGAAAUCAAGUACGCCCAGAUAGAGAAGGAGAUGUUGUCUAUCCUCUUCGGCUGCAAGAAAUUUCACCAGUACCUAUAUGGUAGGGAAGUCCAGGUCCAUACAGACCACAAACCCCUAGUUGCCAUUCACGCAAAGCCGCUCGCACAGGCUCCAGCGAGGCUACAAAGGAUGCUUUUGCAACUGCAGGCUUAUGAUCUGAAGUUGACGCACAUCCCAGGCAAGGACAUACCUAUUGCUGAUACACUUUCACGCAAGUUUUUGCCAGAUACUUACCCACAGCUAACAGCAGGCAUGGACUUACAUGUGCACACAGCUACGUCCAGCACAAGGAUGAGCGAUAGAAGAUUAGAGGAAGUCAAAUUAGCAACUCAAGCUGACCUACAGAUGAAAAUACUUAAGAACAUUAUACAUGAUGGUUGGACUGAAAGACGCAAGAAAUUUCUAUCCCUAGCACUAGAAUAUUUGAACCACAGGGAUGAGUUGACAGAGAGAAAUGGCAUUAUAUUUAAGGGUCACAAGAUAAUCAUACCAAGAGACUUAAGACGCCAGAUGAUGGAAGCUGUACAUAUAGGUCACAUGGGUGUGGAAAAAUGCUUAAGGAGAGCUAGAGACAUUAUAUUUUGGCCCAGGAUGUCAGCAGACAUCACAAACAUGGUUCUGGAAUGUGGAGUUUGCUUAGAGAAAAGAAACUCGAACACCAAGGAGCCACUGAUCAGUCAUGAUAUUCCAGACUACCCAUGGGAGACCAUAGCUACAGAUUUGUUCACAUGGAACAACCAGGAGUACCUGUUAGUAGUUGAUUACUACAGUAGAUACUUUGAAGUAGAGAAACUACACAAGACAACCAGUCAAGCUGUUAUAGAGAAGAUGAAGAAGAUUUUUAGUAGGCUUGGUAUUCCACGGAAAGUCGUAUCGGAUAAUGGUCCACAAUACGCAAGCCAAGAUUUCUCCACUUUUGCUCAGGAUUAUGACUUUAACCAUGUCACUUCCAGUCCAAAGUAUCCACAGUCCAAUGGACUAGCGGAAAAGACAGUACAGAUUGCCAAAAGAAUUUUGGACAAGAGCAAGGCAGAUGGGAAAGAUUAUAACCUAGGACUACUAGAGUACAGGACAACACCUUUGAGCUUAGGCUACUCGCCCGCCCAACUAUUGAUGAGUCGCAAGUUGAGGUCCAUACUUCCAGUAGUUCCAGAUGAGCUGAAACCAAAGGUGCCAGUCAGAGUUAAGGAAUUGAUGGUAGCAGAGAGAGAGAAACAGAAAGGAUACUAUGAUCGCAGUGCUAAGCCUUUACCACCGCUUUCAGUAGGAGACAGUAUAAGGUACCAAGAAGGGAAACUAUGGAAACAAGGAAUAGUCACCAAAGAAGAAGGAGACAGAUCGUACACAGUUAAAAGCACUGAGGGAGCAGUAUACCGGAGAAACAGACGACACCUGAUCAAGUCAAAAGAAAAGUUCGAGCCUGAUGUAUCAGAUUCCAAUAUCGUCAAUUUCGCAGAACCUUCUGCCUCACCUCCCAUUCCAACUACAGCAAAUAGUCUUCCGAAUCCUGUUGAACCAAUCUCCGAACCAGCUACUGAGGCUAAGCAUGACUCCCCUGCUACAUGUAAUCCCACUCGUUAUAUUUCUCGUUAUGGUAGGAUUGUUAAGCCCAAAGUAAUUGUGUCUAUGUAG